AUGGCCACUAGUACUUGUACGCCAAAUUCUCAAUUGUCAUCACAAUUAAAACAUGAUGAAUGGAUGACAAAUUUACCAGAAGAACUUCAUGAUGAGCCAAUCACUAAAAUCGCUAUACCCGGUACACAUGAUUCAUUUGCAUAUCAUUUAACCAGCCAAGUGGGACCUGAUUUGAAUCCAAAUUUACGACGCUUUUCUUUUCUUAUUAAUCCUCUUAUUAAAAAUUGGAAACAACUCUAUAUGGGUAUUCGUUAUUUUGAUUUACGUGUUUGCCGUACAACAGAUAAAAAUUUAUGUUCAACAUCACCAUUCACAUUUACACAUGGUUUAUUAGGUAAUUUAGUUCGUGAAGGUUUAGAAGAAAUCAAUGAAUUUUUAAAUACACAUCCAAAAGAAAUAAUUUUACUUGAUUUUAAUCAUUUUUAUGAGUUUAAUGAACAAUGUGGUCAUGAUCAGUUAAUACAUUUUGUACAUGAAAUAUAUGGAAAGAAACUUUGUACAACAGCUCGGAAAAUAACUGAAUGUACAUUAAAUUAUUUAUGGAAUAAUAAACAACAAGUUAUUUUGCUUUAUGAACGAAACCAUGAUCAAUGUACAGCUUAUAUGGACCGUAUUGGACAUUUCUUUCAGAUUUGUCAAUCACCAUGGCCAAAUACAUCAAGUGUUGACGAACUAUUUUUAUUUCUUAAUGAAACCGUAUCAAAACCUCGACUGAUAACUUGUGUUAAUGUUAUUCAAGGACAAAUAACACCUGACAAUUCGAGUAUUCGAAAGAAUCCAUUUAGUUCACUUAUUACUGUUGCAAAAGAAACAAAUAGAAGAUUAAUUGAAUGGUUAUCGUAUCAUAAACGUGAUCCAUCAUUAAUCAAUGGUGUUAAUGUUGUUAUUUGUGAUUUUGCUGAUCAAGCAUUUACUGAUGCUGUGAUUAUGUUGAAUUAUAAAUCAUCAACGGAAAAUUGUAAUUUUGCUGAUCCUGUGAUGACGUUCAAUUAUAAUAUAUCGACGGAAAAGAAAACUAGGUAA